AAAUGUGAUACUACUAUAUAUUUCUUUGGUGGUGUCCUUAUAUAAAGUAAAGGAUGUUAUGUCUUUGCUUCUCUUAACAAAAAAAAUUAUUUUCUUUCAAGUCCAAAGGAAAGAAGUUAAUUCCAAAUUAAAUGGAAGAACAACUUAGCUCUUUAGCAGUUACUCAUCUUCUUCAACACUCUCUAAGGAGUUUAUGUAUUCAUGAAAACUCUCAAUGGGUUUAUGCUGUCUUUUGGAGAAUCUUGCCCAGAAACUAUCCUCCUCCCAAGUGGGAUAGUCAAGGAGGAGCAUAUGAUAGGUCAAGAGGGAAUAGAAGAAACUGGAUAUUGGUAUGGGAAGAUGGUUUUUGCAAUUUUGCAGCAUCAACAGCAGAGAUGAAUGAAUGUGAAGGAUCUUCUACUAAUAAUUAUGGAGAAUAUCAAGGAUUACAACCUGACCUUUUUUUCAAGAUGUCCCAUGAAAUCUACAACUAUGGUGAAGGUAUAAUUGGAAAAGUAGCAGCAGAUCACAGUCAUAAAUGGAUCUAUAAAGAACCUAAUGAACAAGAAAUCAAUUUCUUGUCUGCAUGGCACAACUCUGCUGAUUCUCACCCAAGAACUUGGGAAGCUCAGUUUCGUUCUGGUAUAAAGACUAUAGCCUUGAUUGCUGUUAGAGAAGGUGUCAUUCAGUUAGGAGCUGUUCAUAAGGUCAUAGAAGACCUGAGCUAUGUGGUGCUACUAAGAAAGAAGUUUAGUUACAUAGAAAGCAUUCCAGGAGUUCUACUGCCACAUCCAUCUUCCUCAGCAUAUCCUUUCAAGAUGGACGGUUACGGCGCGCCACCCGACGCGUGGCACUUACAAGCCAAUUUAGCAGUAGCAGCAACUCCGGCACCAGCUGAAUUCUACGAACAUCUCAAUCAUCAACAACACAUGAAGAUCACGCCUUCAAUGAGCAGCUUGGAAGCACUACUUUCCAAGCUGCCAUCCGUCGUUCCAGCAGACGCUGCUGGAAUGACCGGUUCAAUACCUACCUAUUGUGAGUACCAACCCCAAUAUAGGCCUAGUGUUGAAAUGUUGGGGUUGGAGAAAGUGGCUAAAGAAGAGUAUGAUGAAGAGGAAGACAAUAAUGAUGAAGAAAAAAGUAGGAAUAACAAUAAUAAUAAUGAGAAAUUAGAUCAUCAUGGUGGAGAGAGUAGUAGUUCAAUGUCAUCUUACAGUCAUCACCAUCACCAUUAUAAUCAUCAGCAGCAUUUUGGUUAUCAUCCUGAUUUGAAUGUAAGUAGCAGCAUGCCAAAUAAUGGAUAUUAAUUAUAAGUCAUUAUGGUAAUUAAUUAAGUGUAUUGUUUGGAAUGUAAUGUUUAGAUUGUAUUAUUAGGAAGAAUGGAUCUUUCUCCACAGCUAACAAAGUAAAUGUAGUCUCUAUCUUUUUUGUUUCACUCA